UAAUUAUUCUACAGUAAUUAGAGAAGGGACUCCCGACGGGACCGUAUGCCAUUUCCCGGCAGAGGAACUCGCCGCCGACACUUUCCGCCGCCGCGCCCCGCCGUAGUACCUUACAGAAAAGGGAAAAAUAAACUGUUUCACUACAUUAAACUUUACGCGAAUAGGAUAAAGGAUUCUCCAAUAUGCAAAAAACAGCGCAGGGAUGGUUCACAGGUGGUCCGAGCAGCGAUCUGGACAGUAAACCGCCGUCUCUGCUCGCCGAGUGGAAUGCUUAUGCCGCGACCUCCGACCCAGCCGAUAGGGACCCAUCUUCUUUCGAUCUGGAAGCCGCUGUGAGGACGGCCAACGACAAAGUUACCUCUACAUUCAAUGUGUUCUCAAAAGGAGUUAGAGAUUUACCAGGAAGCUUUAACUCUGCAACGAGCAGUGUCCCUUCUGGGAAGUCUUUAAUGUACUUUGGGUUCUUCCUGGCUACUGGAGUCUUCUUUAUCUUCAUUGCUUUCACAAUAUUCCUUCCUGUAAUGGUCCUUAAGCCACAGAAGUUUGCAAUCUGCUUUACUAUUGGAUGUGCCUUUAUAGUUGGUGCAUUCUUUGCCCUAAAAGGUCCAAAAGAUCAGCUUAGCCACAUGUUAUCUAUGCAGAGACUACCUUUUACAUUGGCAUUCCUUGGCAGCAUGGCGGGUACAAUUUAUGUAUCCAUGGUUCUUCACAGUUAUGUUCUUUCUGUUGUUUUCUCUGGCUUACAGGUCCUUUCUCUUGCGUAUUAUUCCCUCUCCUACUUCCCUGGUGGCUCCGCCGGGCUCAAGUUUCUGUCAUCGACUCUUGUGUCUUCAGUAUGCAGAUGUUUCGGAAGAUGAUGUGCUCUAUGAAACCCAAAACUGUGUCUGGAGUCUGCCCUUUUAUGCCUCCUCAAACAUGUGAGUUACUCAUAGCUUCCUUAUGAUCUCUGAUCUCUCAUAAGUUUGGUUGCAUUUCACCAGCCGUUCGAAUUGCGCUUUCCAGCAUGCUAAUUCACCAUGUCUUGAGAUGCAUGAGUUUUUUAUAUUAGCUGCAUUUCUAAAGCUAACUUUUACAGAUAUUAGCUGCAUUUCUUGAUCACUUCCUCACCAAGAAUACAAAUACAAUGUAAAGCCUGUGAUGUCAUCAAAAUUGCACCUUUUUAGAAACAA